AUGACCAGAAGAAAGAUAGAAAUCAAGAAAAUAGAGAAGAAGGAGUAUCUAAAGGUCGCCCACUCAAAGCGACACACUGGUCUUUUUAAGAAGGCCAAGAAGCUUUGCCAAUUGUCACCCAAUACCAAGAUUGCCGUCAUCACCUCUACACCAGGCGGCAAGCCCCUUUUCUAUGGCCACCCUUCGGUGGAUUCCAUUGUCGACCCCUUCCUUGCCAACUACUACAGCAGGUCAUGUAGUAGCGGCGGCUCUGACAAUAUACAGAAGUCAUCAUCACCAAAGAGAUUAGAACGUUCUUGGUGGGAUUUGUCUAUUGAGGAUAUGAAUUUAAACAUGGAUGAGCUUAAGCAAUACAAGGCUUCUAUGGAAGUUCUGAAAAACAAUGUGACUGCUAAAUUAGAAGACAUGAUCAUGAGAAAAGCUCGUACUGUAGAUUUUUUGAGUUCCUUUGAAUCACCUUGA